GACUGUCACACAAGUUCCGCCAGGAUAAUGGACCCUAAGGUGCGAGAGAGUGAAGGAUUUGGAGAGGACAAUUCAGGAAAGAAAAAAUCCAAGUUCAAAUCUUUCAAAAAGUUUUUUGUUAAAAAGAAAAGGAAAGAGACGUUGUCGCCUACUGAAAACAGCAGCCUGAAGCUCUUCCAGUCCACGAGCGAUGUCGCAGCGUCACAAGGGACGCAUGUUAGUUAUGAUUCUGAGGAGGAACUUGAGACCCACAAAGGCAUUAUGGGGAGCAGAGCUUUGUCCCAUGACAGCAUUUUCAUCCCAGAGACUGGGCAAGAGCCUGCCAGGCCAGUAAGAGUGUUUUCUCAGGAGAACGUUUCUGAUCGAAUUAGAGCUUUACAGCUGAAACUACAGCACAACAUGAAACUGGGGCCUCCACCCCCAUCUGGACUUUAUGCAAAGCGCUCGGAGGAUGCUGGCGCCAGCUCUGAAGAUGAUGGAUUGCCCAGGAGUCCUCCAGAAACGUCUUUGCUCCAUGAAAUCCUAAAUUCAGGCACGACGAGAUUCUCUGACUCUCACAAGCACCUUAGCUCUUUGAGUUUAGCUGGAACAGGCAGUGAAGAAGAAGAACAGGUCACGCUGAGUCCAUCUAGACCUCAAUCUACAGCCGACCAGCGGUUCCCUAGGCAGGGAAGUGCUAAAACUGGAGCUCCCCGGAUAUCUGACAGCAGCAUCUCGCCCACGGCCAAUUUUGAUGCUCCACCUGAGCUCUCCUCUUGCUUGGAUAAUUCUGCUGCUAAACAUAAACUUUUAAUAAAACCCCGGAAUCAGAGAUCCAGUAAAAUGAGAAGAUUUUCUCAGAGGACCCAGUCUGAAUCUCUGUCUGAUUUAAGCUGUACACCAGAGGAAGAGGAGGAUGAUGGCAAAGAGAUGCAGAUAGACUUGCCAGAUACUCCGCUGAAAACCAGUGAGCAAGAGCUGCCGUGCGGCGCAGCUGCAGCACAGGAUGUGGCUUCCUGGCAGAAGCCCAGGGCACCCGAGGACCUUUUCCCUGGUUUGAGACCAGCAGUGACUCAUCCUGCUCCUGAGUCUGCUGCUGUGCAGGAAGCCCUGCUACCAGAGAAUAAACCAGAGCGCUGCCAACCAAUGCAGGAAACUGUGUGCACAAAGCCUGAUUUCUCAUUGCUGCUGGAAGGUGAAGACCACACAACUUCUCCCUGCUCCAGUCUAGACACAGAAAUACAGAAGCGAAAAGAUUCCUCGGAAGCACUGUCUCUGUUGUCUGGAGAUAAGUGUGAUGAGUCAGUUGAUACUCUAGAUCAAGAACAUAAGGAGCUUCCUACUGUAUCUUCAGUAUGCAAAACAGCAUCCGAAGAAGAUAUUUCCCUUAAUAAAUAUAGUCUUCUCUGUUUGGACAGUUCAGAAGAAGGCAAACAGGAAGAUCAGACACAUGUGGAAAUGCGCUGUAAUAAUGUGGAAACACCCUGUAAUGAAGCAAAGAAAGAGGUUGCUGUGUUAUCAGAAUCUACCCAGCAGUUUCCCAUAGGUUCUUCCCAGAAUAUGGACUCAUUUGCUUUCCCUUCCCAUAUUCCACAUCCUAUUUCUUCAACAGAGAUGAGAUCAUCUGCUUCCUGGGAUCUAGAGAAAACAAAGAAUACACAAGAGGUAGUUCCUUCUGAUAAGAACUGUCAGUUACUGGCCCACAAAGAGGAAAUUUGGGGGAAGAAAGCGGAAAAAGCAGUCAAUGAACUCGAUGCCUUGAGAAAAUUUUCUGUGUCCUCUGCACGAGAAAGGCCAAGGACCAGAAGCCUACACUUCCCAGAAAGCUCAACAGGUGAGAAUCCAUUGAAUACCAGAUUCUUCCUGUCCAAAGCAAAAACAUCCUUGAGAAAUGAGAUGUGGAAAGAUUUGCAGGUGCCAUCCGAUCCGGGGGAGAGGAAAGACAGCGACAAAAACCGGACUUUGCUGCCAGAGGGCAGCAGUGAGAACACAGGCCAAUCUGCAGAGACGUUGGCUGGCUGUGUCUCUCAGGCUGUUGAUGCGGGUCCAGUCUCAAGUGAUUCUUCUGUGGUAUCGCAGAGUCAGCCUGACUGUGAAGAUAAAAGUCCUUUUCAAGUAAAACUUAGAUCCACCUCACUCUCCUUGAAAUUUGGAGACAACUCUUCACACGAAUCAAAAGGGGUUAAGAGGUACAGUGAAGAGUUUAAUUUGGAAAAUGAAGGAUUGACUUCAUUUCCAAAAGGUGAAAAGGCGCAGAUCAGAAGGACGAAUGAUACAAAUAUUGGUGGUUCUUUAAAUGAUAACAUCAAAUCCAAAGCCAAGUCCUCUGAUCAGAUUAGUGGCAAACCUCCAUUGCCGAAGAAGCCUGUCUUACAAAACAUAACUGUUCCAAAUACCAAUGCAAGCAGGGAGAAACAGGACAAAGUCACUGAGUCUGCCGAACCCAGAAAUGAAGAAAGAGACUUGGAGAAAAAGUCAAGUCCUGGUAAAGUGCCUGAGCGAAGCGUGCCUUCCCUGGGGACUGCUGGAGACUCCGGAAGAGAACCCGACAUUCCCACAGAGCCAGCCUGGAUCUCCAUCGCCAGGCAGAAGCAGAGAGGCCCACACCAGGAGCAGGAGCUUAACAGAGAAAAACUGGCACCUCCGGAUAUUAAGUCAGAUACAGAAAAACACAAUAAGGAGAAGGAAAGGACAGAGGGGUUGGUGAAGCAGCACUGGAGCAGACCUUCACACAUAGCACCUAAAACCUUUUCUGAAGAACUGAGGAACGAGACAAAGUCUGAAAAGAAAGAGCUGCUGCUGAGGACCAACUCGCUGUCUCAUUCUGUGCCUGGGGCUCCGGUGGAUAAGGAGGAAGCGAGUCAGGUCAAGAAAGCCGGUGCCGCCGUGGCAGCCCAGCCGUCCUGGAUGGAGCUCGCCAAGAAGAAGGCGCAAGCGUGGAGCGAUAUGCCACAGAUCAUCAAGUAG